GUGUUAUCUGGCUGGUUAUAGGUUUCUUUCCAGUCUUGAAAUAUGAGGGUGUGGCUAUAGAGGGACAGUAAUUAGCAAAGAAAAUCACUGUUCCUGUUUCAUUUGAGCACAUUCAUUGCCAUCAGUCACAUAACCUGCUGAAACAGAAGACCGAGAUGGCAUACUCCACACAAACACUGGCUGGAGGCUGCUUUGGAAAAAUAUACAAGGAGAAGUAUGGAGACACAUGGGCUGCUCUGAAGAGAGUUCCUAUAGGACUCAUCAGCAAACAACAGCUGGAGAGAGAAUGCCGAGUUUAUCGUAAUGCUCGGCAUACAAACGUGGUGAGGCUUCUCGGUGAUCCUUGGCUGAAAGACUCCAAGUGGAACAUUCCUUUGGAGUUCAUCUCUGGGGAAGAUCUUGAGACGACCAUCUUCAAAGUACAGCUUUCUAAAAUACAGCUGACUCCAGCAGUGAAAGCCACAAUCAUCACUGGCAUGUGUGAAGGAUUGUUGUUUCUGCACACUAAAGACAUCGUCCACCAAGACCUCAAACCUGAUAACAUUAUGGUGGAGCAUCAAACCCAUCGUGCCGUGAUCAUUGAUCUAGGACUUGCUAAAUUCUUUCGAAAUGGACUCUCCUCUGCAGUAAACUUGGGCAAUGAAGCAUACUCUGCACCAGAGAUCCUACAGAUGAACGGUGUUCGUGACAAGCGCUCAGACGUUUGGGCCAUGGGCAAAAUCAUAGCUGAACUCUGUGCCAGGAUCAGGUUACCCACCCAGUUUGUCUCUCCCGUCAAGAUUCGUGAAACUCUAAAAGACCAGCCGUACUGUAAUCCAGUAUCCAGAAUGGUGGAACCCAAUCCCAAUUACAGAAGUACUAUGGCUGGAGUCAUUGCAGACAUCAGGAGAGCACCUUCAGCUCAACCAACAGACAUUAGACCAAAAGACAUCACAAGAGACAUUACAAAAGACGUUACAAGAGAUGUUACAAAAGACGUUACAAGAGACGUUACAAGAGACAUCACAAGAGACGUUACAAGGGACAUCAAAAGAGACAUCACAGUGACACAUGGAAAUGACAUAAGGCCAAAUCAAAAGUGGUAUCCAGCAGGACCUUCUGUUCCUAAAGAGUUAAAUAAACCUCAAGCUUUAUAUUAUCGACAGAGUCCACCUCAACAGAGAGAGAUGGGAAAGGCAAUAGUACCGGUUAAGGGUGAGGCCUUGAAUAAGCAGCUGUCCCUGAUGUCAUUUCCUUGUCCUCUCCCAGAAACCGGGAGAGUGACUCAGGAAAGCUACAUCGAGGAGAAUGGAGCUCUAGUAUAUAAAGAGAUCGUCACGAAGGACGGGAGAAUCGUUAAGUAUGAGAAAGUGCAAAUAACCAAAGAUUCUUAAAAAUAACACUUGUGAAUAGACUUGUGUUCUUAUAAACGUUGGCAUGCACUUUAAUUUUACACAGGUGAAAUGCUUUUUUUUUUAAAUAGAAAUUCCCACUGGAAAACUAUUAUAGUGAAGUUGAUGUUAUUUUAGGUUUUUGUCUUUGCUGAUAUCCUGUUUAUGUUCAUUCAACAGUAUUUUUUUUUUUCAUUUGAUGUAAAGAAUAACCAUUAAAAUGUCAAAAACACCAAUGUG